UGUAGGCACGCGGGCUUCUCUCUCACUGUGAGCGGAUUGUUGCGGUUCCGUGCCAUCCGGAGAAAGUUGUUCCCGUCGCAGUGAAUUCAUUUAGUUCUGCUUUAAUACUAGUAAAUAAAUAAACCAUGGCAGACUCACAAGAGGAUAAACUGUACCGGGCGGAGUAUGCCAAAAGCGGCCGCGCGUCGUGCAAAAAAUGCAAAGAAAACAUAGCUAAAGACUCGCUGAGGAUGGCCAUCAUGGUGCAGUCUCCCAUGUUUGAUGGGAAAGUCCCCCACUGGCACCACUUCUCCUGCUUCUGGCAGCGAGCAGCGGCUCAGUCCACUGCUGAUAUCGCUGGGUUUUCUGACCUCCGCUGGGACGAUCAGCAGAAGGUGAAAAAGGCCAUUGAAAGUGGCGGCGCUGCAGGAGGGAAAGGUGACCCAAAAGGUGGAGCUAAAGGUGAGAAGACACUGAAUGACUUUGCUGUGGAAUAUGCCAAGUCGAACCGCAGCACAUGCAAAGGCUGCGAGCAGAAAAUAGAAAAGGAUCAGAUUCGUGUGUCCAAGAAAACCGUGGACCCUGAGAAGCCACAGCUGGGUCUGAUUGACCGCUGGUACCACACGGCAUGUUUCGUGAGCCGCAGGGAGGAGCUGGCCUUCAAGCCAGAGUACAGCGCCGCUCAGCUGAAGGGAUUCAAUGCGUUGCGGGCAGAGGACAAGGAAGAGUUGAAGAAGAGGCUCCCUGCUGUCAAAUCUGAGGGGAAGCGGAAAUCUGAUGACGUUGACGGAGCGUCAAAGAAACAGAAGACAGAGGAAGACAGUGAGAAGAAAAAGCUAGACGACCAGUUAAAGAAUCAAAGCCAGCUUAUUUGGGGGAUUAAGGACAAGCUGCGGAAAUAUUGUUCAGCCAAUGACAUGAAGGAGCUGCUGAUUGCAAACGGCCAGGAAGUUCCCUCGGGAGAGACCAAUGUGGUUGACAGCCUGGCUGACGGCAUGGCCUUUGGCGCUCUUGAGGCCUGUAAGGAGUGCCAGGGCCAGCUGGUGUUUAAGGGUGACGCCUAUUACUGCACAGGGAACAUUUCUGCCUGGACAAAGUGUGUGUUCAAAACCAAAAAACCCCUACGCCAAGACUGGGUCAUUCCCAAGGAAUUCCAUGAAGUUCCUUUUCUGAAAAAAUUCAAAUUCAAGCGGCAGGACAGAGUUUACCCCAAAGAGGCUCCUGUAAAAACCCUGACAGCAGCCAAAUCAGAACCUCUGCCGAGUGCAUCCAGUGCUCCAACCGAGCCACUGUCAGAGGGAGCACCUUCAGACAAGCCUCUUACUGGCAUGAAACUGCUGGCUGUGGGCAAGCUGUCUAAGAACAAAGAUGAUCUGAAGGCGGCUGUAGAGGAGCUCGGUGGAAAGAUCACCGGCACGGUCAGUAAGGCCACUCUGUGCCUCAGCAACAAGAAGGAGGUGGAGAAGAUGAGUAAGAAGAUGGAGGAAGUAAGGGAUGCCGGCGUGCGCGUGGUCUCUGAGGAUUUCCUCACAGACAUAAAGUCAUCAGGCAAAGCCCUCCAAGAGCUGGUAUCCCUGCACGCCAUCUCCCCCUGGGGGGCAGAGGUUAAAGUCGAAACUCAGGCUCCUACUGUGGCCUCCAAGUCUGGAACACAGGCUACUAAGAGCACAGGGAGGGUGAAGGAGGAGGAAGGUGGUAGCAAAUCCAAGAAGAUGAAACUCACGGUGAAAGGUGGAGCUGCUGUGGAUCCAGACUCGGGUCUGGAGAACAGCGCCCAUGUCCUGGAGCAGAAUGGGAAGAUGUACAGUGCUACACUCGGUCUUGUGGAUAUUGUGAGAGGAACUAACUCUUACUAUAAAUUGCAGCUGCUUGAAGAUGAUGUACAGAAGCGGUACUGGGUGUUCAGGUCAUGGGGCAGAGUAGGUACCACCAUUGGAGGAAACAAGUUAGACAAAUUCCAUGACAAAAACUCUGCCCUGGAUAAUUUCCUGGGUGUGUACAAGGAGAAGACGGGCAACAACUGGGGCUCGUCCAACUUCACCAAAUAUCCCAAUAAGUUCUACCCGCUGGAGAUUGACUACGGACAGGAUGAGGAGGCUGUGAAGAGGCUGACAGCCAGUGCUGGCACAAAGUCAGGACUGGCCAAACCUGUCCAGGAGCUAAUUAAGAUGAUCUUUGAUGUAGAGAGCAUGAAGAAGGCCAUGGUCGAGUUUGAGAUUGACCUCCAGAAGAUGCCACUCGGUAAACUGAGCAAAAGGCAAAUCCAGAGUGCUUACGCUCUCCUCACUGAAGUGCAGCAGGCUGUGUCAGACCGCGUGCCUGAGGCACAGAUACUAGAUCUCUCCAAUCGCUUUUACACCCUGAUACCUCAUGACUUUGGCAUGAAGAAGCCUCCACUACUCAACAACCUGGACUACAUUCAAGCUAAAGUUCAAAUGUUGGACAACCUGUUGGAUAUUGAAGUGGCUUACAGUUUACUGAGAGGAGGGGCCCAGGACAAUGAGAAAGACCCCAUCGACAUAAACUAUGAGAAACUCAAAACAAAGAUUGAGGUUGUAGACAAGACCACAAAUGAAGCUGAGAUCAUCGAGCAGUACGUUAAGAACACCCAUGCUGCUACACACAACACGUACACACUGGAAGUACAAGAGAUAUUCAAAAUUGUCAGAGAAGGAGAGCACCAGCGAUACCGUCCUUUCGAGGAGCUACACAAUCGCCAGCUGUUGUGGCACGGCUCUCGCGCCACCAACUACGCUGGUAUUCUGUCUCAGGGUCUCCGUAUUGCCCCUCCAGAGGCCCCAGUGACUGGUUACAUGUUUGGCAAAGGUGUGUAUUUCGCUGACAUGGUGUCCAAGAGUGCAAACUACUGUCACACCUCCCAGUCGGACCCUGUAGGCCUCAUUCUGCUCGCUGAAGUCGCUCUAGGAAACAUGCAUGAACUCAAGAAGGCCUCCCAUAUCACAAAAAUACCUAAGGGCAAGCACAGUGUUAAAGGUUUGGGUAGAACAGCUCCUGAUCCAAAUGCCACUGUCACUUUAAAUGGGGUGCAAGUGCCUCUGGGAAAAGGAGUCCACACUAAUAUUGAUGACACAAGUCUACUGUACAACGAGUACAUUGUCUAUGAUGUAGCACAGAUAAACCUGAAGUAUCUCCUGAAGAUCAAGUUUAACUACCAGACAUCGCUGUGGUGAGAGGGGCUGUGUCUGAACCCUCUUCAGAGGAAAAAAAAAAAAAGACCACUGUUGCCUCCAAAUGCUUGGGCUUCAUUCUCUGCAUACGAAGAUGUUUGGCAAAGGAGUGACACUAUCCCGUCCUUCACGAUGGAUCAUUGGAAAUCUUGUCACUUUAUUGUGAUUUCACCAGGUUUAGUAGGUGGCAGACUUCCUUAGUAAUGCAUUAGGUACCUAAAUACCUGCUUCUGUCUUUCUCAUAAGCAUAUUGCAUAUAUCAGUACACAGAGAGGUCUGGUGAUAACUUCAGAAAGUGCUGUUAUGCUGUCGGAGGAGGAUUUUAUUUUUGCAUUCUUUAAUAAACCUGUAGUUCAUAAGACAUAGUCCUGCAAGUUUAGGUUUUGAGUUAUGAAGAUCCAGUCUGCAGACAUACAAACCAAUCAUUUGCCAUGAAUCUGCAGUAAAAUUAUAACUAAUAUACUUGAUACUGUAAACGUUUUGACAUGUACAUACUUGUUUUCGUUGUUUGCAUCUCUAGCUGUCUUCCUCACUGGAAAGAAAAAACUGUGUGUAAGCAACGCAUCCUGAAAACGAUACAACGGCCAUACUAAGUGCCGCCGUUUUUUUUUGUUUGUUUUUUUAAUGUAUUUUUCUUGCUUUAUCUGAAGCCUAAUAAAACGUUAGAUGUGAAUGAUGAA